AUGCUGUGCGAGAAAUGUAACGAAAAAAAUGUUUGUAUGAUGAGACCAUCCAAUAAAGAAAAAUUAUGCAAAGAAUGUUUCAUAGAAAGCUUUGAAGAAGAUGUUCAUGAUACAAUUUUAAAGAAAAGAAUGUUUGAAGAUAAUGAUAAAAUUUGCAUAGCCGUUUCAGGGGGAAAAGAUUCAAGUGUACUUGCUCAUGUACUUGUUAAUUUAAAAAAAAAAUAUAAUUACAAAUGGGAAUUAUUUUUACUUGCCAUUGAUGAAGGUAUUAAAGGUUAUCGUGACGAUUCUUUAAAAGUUGUUUACAAAUUAGAAAAAUUAUAUAAUUUACCAUUAAAAAUAUUGAAAUUUGAAAAUCUUUUUUCAUAUACAAUGGAUGAUGUUGUAAAAUUUAUAGGCAAAAAAAAUAAUUGUACUGUUUGUGGAGUCUUCAGAAGACAAUCAUUCGAAAAAGGAGCCUUAUUAUUUAAUGCAACAAAACUUGUCACAGGUCAUAAUGCUGAUGAUUUAGCGGAAACCAUUUUAAUGAACAUGUGCAGAGGUGAUAUUGACAAACUAGCGAAAAAUAUAAAUGACCUGAGCAAUGCAGGUCAUAUGAACAAAAAAUACAAUUGUGUAGGUGAUAGCCAAAAUGGAAUAAAAAAUUUAGAAAAUAUACAAAAUUCACCUGAACAAGUAAGGCAAAAAAAUUAUAAAAAUUGUGAGAAUAUUGAUGAUAAUAAUGAUAAUUAUGAUGAUAUUAAAUUAAAUGAUAUUAUGAGUGAGAGGUUAAAUGAAAAAUGUAGUUGCAUAAAUAAUAAUUUGGAUAAUGAUAGUGGAAAGAAAGAUAAAGAAAUUCAGAAAUAUGAACAAGAUUAUGAAGAAAAAUAUAAUAAUAGUAAUAGUAUUAAUAAUGGUAAUUCUUUUUUUUUACCGAGAUUAAAACCUUUAAUGUGGUGUUAUGAAAAAGAAAUUGUUUUAUAUGCCUUUCAUUUAAAAUUAGAUUAUUUCAGUACAGAAUGUACUUAUUCUCCUAAUUCAUUUCGUGGUAAUUUGAGAUGUUUUAUCAAAGACAUUGAAUUGAUUAAUGCACAGUUUAUUUUAAACAUUAUUCAUUCAGCUGAAUUUUUUUAUUUUAAUUCGAUAAAUCAAAAAAGGUUAAAUAUAUGUAUAAAGUGUGGUGCUUAUACUUCGAAUAAGAUAUGUAAAGCUUGUUUAAUUAUUGAUGGUUUAAAUAAUUAUACGGAUAAUUCUUUUCUAUACUCUAAUAAAAAAAAAUCCAAGAAAAAAAUAUCUAUACAUUUUGAUAAUAAGAAAGUUGAAGGAUAA